AUGACAGACUCAGCCACGGCCAAUGGCACCACGAAUGGAGCACUUGGGCAGUCUUAUGACAUCUCCAACAUCCUAGAGGCCUUACAAGUCAUCCACAAUCCCACCACCAAGAAUGACAUUAGGAGACAAGCUUCCGAGUAUCUAGAGAGUCUGAAGUUGAGCAACGAAGCGCUUCAGUAUGGCUGCGCCCUCUCAAGCGACAAAUCGCAACCACCUCUGGUACAACACUUCGGGCUCUCCGUUCUCAGCCAUAUCGUCCGGCACGAGGUUCACCAGCUCUCCGAGCAGCAAACCAAUCAACUCCGAGAAUGUAUCAACGAGCUGGGCCGGUCGAUCCAGGACACGGACCUUGUUUUCAUUCGCAACAAAAUAGCCGAGCUAUGGAUUGAAUUGGCCAAGCGGUAUUGGGCACUGGACAUGUUCGGCUUGGAUGAGCAAUUGGUCUAUCUUUGGGAACAGGACCUUGUCCGCAAGGACUUUGUUCUCACGGUACUGGAAAAUCUGUCCGAAGACGUAUUUGUUCGUGAUGACAGCGUUGCCAUCAUCCGAGGGCGAGAUUUGAACUCAGCGCUUGUCGAGAUCUUUACGUCUAGCUCAAACUUCGCGGGAGGCAUCAGGAUCGGCGAGACCACCCACCACAUGCGAUAUGGAGAGGACGGCUGGCUCACCAGAAUCAGGAAAUUUCUCGAGGAAGCAAUCCAAAGUCCCAGCAUAGAGGGACGGCUUAAGGAGGUCGUCUUGAAAGCUCUUGCCACUAUACGGUCUGUCUUCAAUUGGGUUAUGACGCCGGCUAUUGUUCACUCAAUGGCAUUGGCAGUAGCGUGUGGGUUUCUCACCCAGGCCGACCCGGACCUCAUCUUGGCUGCGAUCGAUAGCCUACUGUCGUUGUACGGAAGACUGCGGCUAGAAGAGCUCGAGGUGCAAGCUCUUGUGCACCCUCUGAUUCAGCCAGACAGUAUUGCAACCCUAAGACAACUCUACAGCUGGUCUGUUGUUUCGGUGAAUGAGCUGGACAGCAGCAAGUAUGUCGUUUCGAAAAAGCUGUCAGAGUUGAUGUCCAUGUUGGCGGAUCACAUGUGCCAGUACAAGCCUCCCGAUGUUGGCACUCUCGACUUAUUUCCCUUUUUGCGCUUCUUGACCACGGUGGCAGCAAAUGAAAGUCUGGUCGUCUCCAUUUCCGUCAUUCACUCCUGGGUCAAGAUGCUGGAGGUGCCGAGUUGGCGCAUGACUUCUGCCGUAUCUCAAUGCAUUGGCCCGCUUCUGGAGGUCGCUUCACAACGACUCAUGCAAUACGAUCAGUUUCCCGAAGAUACCCAGGACCCCGUGGUGGUAAUCAUGAAUGAAGAGAUCGAACUCUUUCCGGAACGCCAGGGUUUCUUCUGGAACUAUCGCAGGCUCUGCUCGGCUGUUAUCGAGUGGAUCUGUUUCGCGCAACUAGAGGACGCGAUUCAUGCCGUCUUGAGUCGGGUUGAUGCCCUUUUCAACGACAUCGAAGCAGAGGAACAACACUUCGACAUUACAAGGUACGAACGCGUGUCGAUGCCUCUAUUACGCGCUGAUUCCUACUUUGCCAUGCUCGACGCUGCUUUCAAAGGGUUUGAUCGAUGGCAGGGGCUCCACCGAGAAAGCACAAGCCUAGAAGAAGAGCAGCUACGACAAAGAAUGCGGGAAGAAACCAAAGCUUGGAUGCUGAAGCUGAUGAACAACAGACACUUCAAAGACCCUCAAAUCAGGCAACGCCAGAUCAAGACGAUAGUUGAAGUUUCUAACCGAGCUCUGCACAAGGACACAGGCUUUGCCUUUAGUGUCCUGGAGCACAUUUUGUCGUCGUUCAUCAUAGUCGGGCAACAGGCUUCCGCCUAUGCGGAUGUUGUCGAGGAUCUGCACGGCUUUGCUACGAUGGAGUUGAGGCGCUUGUCGUUGCAGCAUGCCGACUAUUUUGUCACUUUCUACGACCAGCUGCAAGCGAAGUUCUCCGAUCUGAUAGAUACAACGAGUACCAGUCAGCGGCUGCAGGUUGAUCUGAAGUCCAUACUCUUCUCAAUCAUCCAACAUGCGACGGGAGUCGAUGCCGCCCAGCGUCAAGCUAAGCUCGAGGAAUUUCUCCGUCCCAUUGCUGCAGCGUGGGCGGACCAAAGCUAUCAAUCCGCUCUGAGCAGCUCGGAGGCCUUUGCCCAUUUCCAGGGGUUCGAUCAGGUUGGGCCUUACCUGGCGUCUUUAGAAGCGGAUAAGAUUGAAGAUUGGGCCGCGGUGCCGUACGACAGUCGUGGGGUGCAGAUUCAGCAGGGAAUGGCGUCUGCCUAUGCCAGAUUACCUCUUCGAGUCACUCGUGUCUUUCUGAGCAUAUCCACCGAGAAACUCGAACAGGAUUCUCAGAUCCACAAUAUGAUACGCGAGCUGUGGUCACCCAUGAUCCCGACGGUGCUGGAGUACGUCCUCCGCCUGACAAGCUAUAAUCACCAGUUGCACAAUCCCUCAACAUGGCCGAACGUGCCCUCCGGGAUGGAGGGCGUCAUCCGACGAGUUCUCCGAGAUCGAUACUGGCAGGCUGGGAUCUCGGCGGGUUCCAUGGGCGAGUUUCACAGUCAGGUCAAGGCUUCCAAGUCAAUGCUCGAGGGGUUUGCAUCAUCAGUGCGCGGGACAAUACGAGGCUACCUGGAACAAUGCUACAGUAUCCUCCACACCCUGGGCAGGCUGGGGUCAACUUUCUACGACAUGCCGCAGCUCCCCGAGCUGAUCGCACAAGCCGCCAUUGAUACAGCAGCUCCGCUGAGUCUGCACCAUUUCUCUGUCAUGCUUCAGAUGCUGCCGAAGUUGAUCGACGAAUGUCCGCCGGACAGUCGGAAGCAUUUCCUCACUCCAAUCAUGGUAUCCGUCCUUGAGCAGAUGGACACCAAGCUCUCUAUCGAGUGGGAGAGGAUGGACCAGCGGAAACAGAACAAGCAUGAUGAGGAGAACCUUGACGAUGAGAUGAGAGACGAAUCAGUGCUGCGACAAACCACCUAUCGGGCCGUCAAUAUGGUGACGCAUUGGCUAGAAGCGAAGCGCGAGCAGGAACCGAGUUCCAAAAAAGCGAUUGUCAAUCGCGGCUACUUGACGGACCCCUCUCAGCAGACGAUGCGGGACUUUGUGCUGUCAAAUGUUCGCAUCCUGGAAAAGCUGGUUGUCCUCGUGAACCAUGGACUUGCAUUCAAGGAUUUGAAGUCGUCCUACCAGAUGUUUGUGGCUGCCCAUCGUCUUGUUCCCGAGUUUGCAAACCCCCGCUCUAUCAGCAGUGCAGAAGCUGCCGAAUUCCGCGAGUUCGUGUCCAACACGAUGCUCAAGACGGCAAUCACUUGCCUGAACGACGGCUACUUCGCCGACCAUCAGGCACACUACGCCCAGCUGAUCGCGUCGAUCUGGGUUUCGUACGGUCUGCCGAGACAUGUCCCCGCCACGGAAACCACGCCCGCCCACGAGCGUCCGCCGUUCAGCUCGACGCCCCGAGAGGUGAUCCUCAGCUUGCCCGGCAUGACCGAGGCCAAGGUCGACCACGCAGCUAACCUGCUCCUCAAGGAAGCCUCGGUGGGUACGCGGUCGAAGAGGCGCCGAGCCAUCAUCCUAGCACUGCUCGAGGGCGUGAGAGGCGUCCGGGUCAGUGAGCUCGGUAAGAUCGACACGAGGCAGCAGCACUCGAAGAUCCUGGAGAAAUACAAAGAGAGAGAGAUGUUGAGCAUGCAGGGCGUCGAGGACGCAGGGCAGCGGAUCGGCCGCGGUGCUGCGGACGAGGGGGCAGAUUUGGUUGGAGUGGCGGAUAUGUUUGCCAGCUAG